AUGUCCGCACCUACCGCUGACGGCGGGUCUCUGGCAGGCCGCAUCUCCAAACCCGAAACAAUGAACGCUCAAGCCGAGUCCUUCCAGCCGCAAUCUGGUACAUCCUGGGCGGAUGAGGUUGCCUCUCCUGUGACCGAGAAGCCCUCGGCCCCGGUGGCCGUAGAGGAGAAAAAGCCAGAGUCGUCGGAGGCGCCAGUCUCGCAGGUGGAUGGAGCUACCGCACCUUUUGGUGGAUCAGAGCUGCAUGAGCCAGAAUUUGAUGUUGAGGUCAAGUUGGCGGACAUGCAAGCAGAUCCAAACAAUCCACUGUACUCGGCCGCCUCGUUCGAGCAGUUGGGCCUGCACGACAACAUUCUCAAAGGUGUCAUGGCCAUGAACUUCCGGAAACCGUCCAAGGUGCAAGAAAAGACACUGCCGCUUCUCCUGUUGAACCCUCCGCACAAUCUCAUCGGCCAAUCUCAGUCUGGUACUGGAAAGACCGCCGCUUUCGUACUCAACAUCCUCCACCGUCUAGACCUCAGUACCGAACAACUGCAGAAGGCGCCGCAGGCGUUGGUGUUGGCUCCAAGCAGAGAGCUUGCACGACAGAUCGUGGGCGUGGUCAAGGUGAUGGGAUCGUACAUGCCUGGCCUCAUCGUCGAAGCUGCCGUUCCUCAAGACGCUGCUUCACGGGGACGAAAGAUUGAGGCGUCCGUGGUGGUCGGAACUCCCGGCACUGUGAUGGACAUGAUCCGCAAGAGAUCCAUGGAUAUGAAAGGUCUCAAAGUACUCGUACUGGAUGAGGCAGACAACAUGCUCGACCAACAAGGUCUUGGAGACCAGUGCAUUCGUGUGAAGGCCAUGCUCCCCAAGAAUAUCCAGAUCGUGUUGUUUUCCGCCACUUUCCCUGACAACGUGGUCAAGUAUGCAGAAAACUUUGCGCCUAAUGCCAAUCAGAUGACCCUGCAACACCAAGAUUUGACCGUCGAGGGCAUCAAGCAGAUCUAUCUUGAUUGUGACAGUGACAAGGCAAAGUACGAGAUUUUGGUCAAGUUCUACGGGUUGAUGACGAUCGGCUCCUCCAUCAUCUUCGUCAAGACCCGAGAAACCGCACUCGCCAUUGAACAACGCAUGACCGCCGAAGGUCACAAGGUCGUUUCUUUGACUGGAGGUUAUGAAGGAGCGCAGCGAGAUGUCAUUAUCGACUCUUUCCGCAUGGGCCACGCCAAAGUUCUCAUCACCACCAACGUCCUCGCCCGCGGUAUCGAUGUGCAGUCCGUAUCCAUGGUGGUCAACUACGAUGUUCCGGACAAGUUUGUUGGCGGCGGCAAAUUCGUUGCGGAUCCGCAAACAUAUCUCCAUCGUAUCGGUCGGACUGGACGGUUCGGUCGUGUGGGUGUGGCAGUGACUUUCAUCAGCAACCGGGCCGAUUGGGAGAAAUUGAUGGAGAUCCAGAGAUACUUUGGCACGGAGAUGACCAAGGUCGCGACCAACGACUGGGACGAGCUCGAGGAGACUGUCUCCAAGAUCAUCAAGAGCUCGAGGGCAGGCGCCAAUUUCAAGGAUGGAGCGAGGAUGGAGAUGCAAGACUAA